AUGCAAUUAAAAUGUUCCCGAAUAAAUCUGCAAUAUUCAUUAGAGAGACGUCUUCAAACGUUUUCUCAGGCUUUGAGUGUUGGCGAUCUUAUAUAUUUAUCAUCUCAUAUUCAAGUUCAUGAACCUGCAGUGUUUUUCAAUUACCUGAAAUUGAAAGAUUAUGGAACACAUUGUAAAACUCAAGCUGCACAAGAAGAUCUUUGA